AUGGGUUCCUUCAAGGACGCAGACCCAACCCUAGGGUUCUUAACCCGUAAGGAUACUGAGGUCAAGCUACCACGACCCACUAGGGUUAAGAACAAAACCCCAGCCCCUGUUCAAAUCACCGCAGAGCAAAUCCUCCGUGAGGCACGUGAACGCCAGGAGGCUGAAAUCCGACCUCCCAAGCAGAAGAUAACUGAUCCCACUGAGCUUGCUGAUUACCGUCUCCGGAAGCGCAAGGAAUUCGAAGACCUAAUCCGGCGUGUGAGGUGGAAUGUCAAUGUCUGGAUCAAGUAUGCGCAGUGGGAGGAGUCCCAGAAGGACUUCAAACGUGCUCGCUCUGUUUGGGAGCGUGCUCUUGAGGUUGAUUACCGGAACCACACCCUGUGGCUCAAGUAUGCCGAGGUGGAGAUGAAGAACAAGUUCAUCAAUCAUGCUAGGAAUGUGUGGGACCGUGCUGUCACGCUCUUGCCUAGAGUUGACCAGCUGUGGUACAAGUACAUUCACAUGGAAGAGAAAAUAGGGAAUGUGGCUGGUGCUCGACAAAUAUACGAGAGGUGGAUGAAUUGGAUGCCAGACCAGCAAGGCUGGCUCUCCUUCAUCAAGUUUGAGCUUCGGUAUAAUGAAGUUGAGCGUGCUAGAGCGAUUUAUGAGCGGUUCGUACAAUGUCAUCCGAAAGUUGGUGCUUGGAUUCGGUAUGCCAAGUUUGAGAUGAAGAAUGGUGAGGUUGUGAGGGCGAGAAAUGUAUAUGAGAGAGCAGUGGAGAUCCUGGCUGAUGAUGAGGAGGCCGAGCAGUUAUUUGUGGCUUUUGCUGAAUUUGAGGAGCGGUGCAAAGAAACUGAUCGAGCAAGGUCUAUUUAUAAAUUUGCGCUUGAUCAUAUACCCAAAGGAAGGGCCGAGGAUUUAUAUAAAAAGUUUGUGGGUUUCGAGAAGCAAUAUGGAGAUAGACAAGGCAUUGAGGAUGCGAUUGUGGGAAAGAGGAGAUUUCAGUAUGAAGAUGAGGUUAAGAAGAAUCCUCUUAAUUACGAUUCCUGGUUUGAUUAUAUAAGGCUAGAAGAGAGUGCUGGAAAUAAGGGCAGAAUUAGAGAGGUUUAUGAGCGAGCUAUUGCUAAUGUUCCUCCGGCUCCAGAGAAGCGGUAUUGGCAGCGCUACAUUUAUUUGUGGAUCAAUUAUGCACUAUAUGAAGAGCUUGAUGCUGGAGACAUGGAACGUACACGAGAUGUAUAUAGGGAAUGCCUUAAACUGAUUCCUCAUAGGAAGUUUUCAUUUGCAAAAAUAUGGCUUCUCGCUGCCCAGUUUGAGAUACGACAGCUGAAUCUCAAGGGUGCACGCAAGAUCCUCGGUACUGCAAUAGGCCAAGCACCUAAAGAUAAGAUAUUUAAGAAGUAUAUUGAGAUCGAGCUGAACCUUGGGAAUUUUGAUCGAUGUCGGAAAUUGUAUGAAAAGUAUCUGGAAUGGUCUCCAGAAAAUUGCUAUGCAUGGACCAAGUAUGCAGAGUUAGAGAAAUCGUUGUGUGAGACAGAACGAACCAGGGCGCUUUUUGAACUUGCCAUCGCCCAACCAGCACUUGACAUGCCUGAGUUGUUGUGGAAGGCAUACAUUGACUUUGAACUAUCAGAGGGUGAAUUUGAGAGAACUAGAGAACUGUACGAGAGACUCCUAGACCGGACAAAGCACCUGAAGGUGUGGAUCAGUUAUGCGAAAUUUGAGGCGUCUGCUAUAGUGGAAGAUGGUGUGGAUUCAGAUGCGGCAGAAGAUCAGGCCCAGGAUUAUCCUCGUGAACAAAAGGAGCAAUGUGUUCAGCGUGCUCGAAGGGUUUUUGAGAAAGCUCUCAACUAUUAUAGAACUUCAGCUCCUGAGUUGAAGGAGGAAAGGGGCAUGCUGCUUGAUGAAUGGCUAAAUAUGGAGGCUUCCUUUGGGGAGGUUGGUGAUGUUAGCUUAGUCCAAUCUAAGCUACCAAAGAAACUGAAGAAGAGGAGGUCAAUAAUAACUGAAGAUGGGCCUGCUGGGUAUGAGGAGUACAUAGACUACAUGUUCCCAGAAGAAGCUCAGACAUCAAACCUCAAAAUAUUGGAAGCGGCCUACAUGUGGAAGAAGCGGAAGGUUUCUUCUGACGACGACGAGGACUAA